AUGAAGACUUGUUAUUAUGAGCUUUUAGGAGUUGAAACGCAUGCUUCUGAUCUUGAAUUAAAAAAGGCUUACCGUAAAAAGGCCCUACAAUAUCACCCAGAUAAAAACCCAGAUAGCGUUGAAGAAGCCACGCAAAAAUUUGCUGUUAUCCGAGCUGCUUAUGAAGUACUGUCUGACCCCCAGGAAAGAGCAUGGUAUGACUCACAUAAGGAACAGAUUUUAAAUGAUACUCCGCCAAGUGCUGAUGAUUACUACGAUUAUGAGGUGGACGCUGCAGUAACAGGUGUCACAACUGAUGAGUUGCUCUUAUUUUUUAAUUCUGCCCUUUAUACCAAAGUAGACAACUCAGCUGCAGGAAUUUAUCAAAUUGCGGGAAAAAUAUUUGCUAAGUUAGCUAAAGAUGAGAUUUUAAGUGGUAAACGACUGGGGAAAUUCUACGAGUAUCAAGAUGAUACCUUUGAACAAGAUAUCAAUAAUAUUGGCUAUUUAAAAGCCUGCGAUAACCAUAUGAACAAAACUGAUAGGCUUUUAUAUCCUUUAUUUGGAUAUUCACCUAUUAAUUAUGAAUAUCUGAAACACUUCUAUAAGACUUGGUCAUCGUUCAAUACAUUAAAGAGUUUUAGCUGGAAAGACGAAUACAUGUACUCCAAAAACUAUGACAGAAGAACCAAGAGGGAAGUUAAUAGAAGAAACGAGAAGGCUAGGCAACAGGCUCGGAAUGAAUAUAAUAAGACGGUCAAAAGGUUUGUGGUUUUCAUUAAAAAGCUCGAUAAGAGAAUGAAAGAAGGUGCAAAAAUUGCAGAAGAGCAGCGCAAAUUAAAACAACAGCAGAGAAAAAAUGAAUUAAAUAAUAAAAGGAAAUGUGGGAACGACAACGACGAUAAAGAAAAUUUUCAUUUACAAAGCUGGCAAACGGUAAGAGAAGAAAACUGGGAUGAACUGGAAAAGGUAUAUGAUAAUUUUGGAGAAUUUGAAAAUGCUAAGAAUGAUAAAGAAGGUGAAAUAUUGAUUUAUGAGUGUUUUAUUUGUAACAAGACAUUCAAGUCAGAAAAACAAUUGAAAAACCACACAAACACUAAACUGCAUAAGAAAAACAUGGAAGAGAUACGGAGAGAAAUGGAAGAGGAAAACAUAACACUUGGGUUGGAUAAUCUUUCCGAUCUCGAGAAUUUUGAUUCAGCAGAUGAAAGUGUUAAGGAGAAAGAGGAUAUUGAUCUGCAAGCCUUGCAAGCUGAACUUGCUGAGAUCGAAAGAAAACUGGCAGAAGCAUCUUCUGAAAAUGAAACUGAAGAUGAGAGUGUCAAAAUAGAAAUGGAAAUAGAAAUGGAAGACGUCAGCUCGGAUGAAAAUGUGCACCUGCACUCGAAGAACAGGAAGAAAAGAAAAAAAAAAAAGAAAGGAAAGGUGGAAACAGAAAUGGAAGAAUCUGAAUCCUUUGACGACACUAAAGACAAAAGGAUUGAUGCGUUGAACGACCUUUUAGCGUCACUGGAAGACAAGGGCUUACAAACAUAUGACGAUGAAGAUUGGUCUACUAAAGCGAAGAAGAAAAAAGGCAAACAACCUAAAAAGAAUUCGAAAUCUACAAAAAGCACUCCAUCUUUAUCAACUCCACCAUCCUCCAUAUCUUCAACUGCCGCCAUUGAAGUGUGCGCUACAUGCGGAGAAUCAUUCGAUAGUCGAAAUAAAUUAUUCAACCAUGUGAAGAUAGCAGGGCAUGCGGCAGUGAAAAAUAUAGCAAAAAGGAAGAAAGUCAAGGCUAAAAAGAAAUAG